UGCGACGCCACGCAGGUGAAAGUCAUGGGUCCCAUCUGGUACACGCACUGGGGUGAAAUCACCGACGGCGUUGACAUGCGUGGCGAGGUCGGCGACCUCACGCGCAACGUCCAAUUCCACGGCCAAAUGGAGGAUGCCUGCUACGGAAGCAACUUGUGCGACAGCUUCGACUACGAUACGUUUGGCGGUCAGAUUAAGAUGCUCGUUGGCUUCAAUAGCGCUAGGAUUGAAAACGCCGAGUUCUACCACAUGGGGCAGCAAUCAGUGAUCGGAUCAUAUCCCAUCCACUUCCACAUGUGCCUGGACACGUCCCAGAAAGACGUGUAUAUCCGCGGCAAUGCCAUCCACAACACGUUCUCGCGCUGCCUCACCAUCCACGGCACGCACAACGUCACCGCCGAGAACAACGUGGCGUUCGACCACCUGGGUCACUGCUUCUUCCUUGAGGACGGUGGCGAGCAGGACAACAGACUGAUAGGCAACCUCGGCAUGGGCACCAAAGUGGGCACUCUGCUGCCAACCGACGCCCUCAACAAGGUCAGCACGUUCUGGGUGACUAAUCCCGACAACGAAGUCAUCAACAACGUCGCGGCCGGCUCCGAAGGCAUGGGCAUCUGGAUCUUGAUGCCGGAUCUGCCCACAGGUCCUUCUGCCAACGUAGAUAUGGGUCUUGUGGAAAAGCAGGCAUCGCGAACACUUGUCAAGGCCUUCCAAGGUAACGUGGCACACUCUAACAGGCGCUUUGGUUUCCGUCUGGACGAUGUGCUCCUCCCUGACGGAACGGUUCAGCCGGUCAGCUACUUCCCGCGCGUGGAUCCGACCGACCCGAGGAGCGACAUGGCGUUCCUCCACCUUGACGAUUUUGUGGCCUACAAGAACACCGAGAGUGUCUGGAUCAAGUCUAUGCACACGCUGGCUACAAACUUCCGCAUUGCCGAGAGUGGUAUCGGUCUCAUCUUUGCGUCGGCCGGGCCGGCCAACCCCAACGAGCAUAACGAGAUGCUGUCUGGGGCCCGUAUCGUCGGCGACACAGCCAACAAGGGCGAGCCGGCGGGCGCCGUCCGACUACCCUCCGGACAGGUCAUCCAGGUGGACCGCUCGUUACCUCGUUCCAGACCCGCGCAGCACGCGCAAAUUGGCGUCGCCUUCUACCGCGGACCCGUGCAUGUCGUGGACACGUCGUUUGCCGGCUUCCAGACUAACGCGCUGCGGCCGGCCGGCGCCAUCGGCAAGAAGCUCAGCAACCCGUACUUUUCUUCGCCCAUUGCCAGCGUGCGCAACGCCACGUUUGACUUCGCCGACCCGGCCGGUGGCAGCCGCUUCUACGACGGUGACGGCACCGUAACGGGCUACAAGGAGCGCGACGGCAACCGGCACAACGUCGUGCUCGACUGGGACGGCUCGCUUACCACUUACCCUCGCGCCAGCCUGGUGCGGCCCAUCCCACUGUUGAUGAACGCGCGCUGUGUGCUCCUGCCCAACUGGGGGCCGGGCGUCGGGCUCUGUCCGGACCGCUUCAACCGCGUGCAGCUCAGCAUCGCCGGUAACAUCCCCACAUUCAUGACGCGCAACGACCUGCAGGCCGCCGAGAUGGAGACGGCGCUGGCCGAGCGGCAGGUCAGCUACUCACUCAACUCGGCCGAGUCGUACAUCAUGCACUUUAACACAACCGUGCCGGCCCGUUUCGGGUUCAACAUGUUCGGUGUGCAGCAAGGUCUGGCACAGCUCGUCGGCGUCUGCGUGGGUGCCAACCAGGAGCCGGACGUAAAACCACGAAUGCAAUACACCUUCGUCAACGACAUCCAAGAGGUAUUAACCGACGAGAGCAACAGCAAGUACUUUUACGACCCGGCCAUCGGAGUGGUGGUCUUCAGGUUUACCAGCCAGACUCCGCGCACCGACACGACCACAUCCCACUGUCCGGGCGACCUGGACGAGGACGGCAACGGCAUUUGCACUACGCGCGUCGUCAUCGAGCUGCCGGCGGAGCACGAGGACGGCGACUGUCGCUCCCGGGCCUACGCUGACAAGGCCUCGGCGGUCUACGCCACCGAGCCCGUGUCGGCCGAGGGCGCGCUCGCUGUGCCCGUCUUCGCUUAGCGUAGCGAUCGGUCGGAAGACAGCAGAAGACGGCUGGUAGCCGGUGACGCCGCCCCUCUAGUGUCCAACAACGCAGGGCACAACUAUGCGGCAAUGGCAGGGAAUGCACGACCUGUGUAUGCUGAGUGUCGACGAAAGGCUGGGAUCAAUUUAUGGGAAAACGACCUAUCAGGUGGAGGCGAUUUGGCAUCGUGUGAUCAUCGGGGGAAGUUAAAAUACGUCCAAAAAUACAUUCUUCUUUCAGAG